CAACUCACCUGGUCAACUAGACGUUAAAGUGCACUAGUUUUUUUUUCCGGUGCAAAAACUCGGAAGUCAUCGGGUACAGUCGGAAAUACUUCGUUCGACUUGUUCUAUUUCUCUAGUGUGAUAACUGAUAUGAUAACUCUGUAACUCUGUUCUGCUUUAUAAAGGUGAAAAUAUAAAAUACCAUUAUGAACUACGUAAUAUGAUUACUUGAUUACUUAUUCAGCAUGCAUUUUCCAUAAUAUUAAUCGUUAUAUAGAUCAUUUAUCAUCAUUUCAAGGUGGUUUUUUAAUAAAGUUAAGCCUGAUAGUGUUGAUACAUAUCAUUCAUCAACUGAACAUACUCCACAAAACAUAUGUACGCAAAUUUGGAAUAUAUGAGUUGAAAAACAAUUGUCAAAAGCUCGGAAAUACGUAAUAAUCUACCUAAUUCAACUUGUUUACUGUUUUUUCAUAUUUUCUUUCUAUGUUCGCGGUGAUUUUGUCAAUAAUCUUCGCCUCUGUACGUAGUGACCGUGGUUUUUCAAUCAACAUCAACUAUCAAGUAAGUUCAUAUGAACAUCAUUAGUAUUAGGCUUUAGUUUUGGAAAAAGAAACCGAAAAAUACUUGACAUCAAAAAUUUGAAUUUGAAUAACCAGUGUCGGGGAAGAUUAUCUGACGAAUUGACGAUCAAAUGAUAAAUACAAGUUGAACGAAGUACCGCCGACAAUACCCGACGGCUUCCGAGUUUUUGCACCGGAAAAAAAAACUAGUGCACUUUAACGUCUAGUACCUGGUCAGUGGUUCAGUGGUCACCGGUAAAGAGAAAAACUGAUUGUGAGUCGAUCAAAUUGUUCAAUAUGGUAUUGAAAACAGUGCGGUACCUACUUGUUGCUAGUUCGACGCUUCGUAGAAGUAAAUACCUAUGCCCAAUUAUGAAGUUUUUUUUAUCGUUAUUUGAAGCGAAAAAAUAAGCUCUCGCAUAUUUGUAUUCAUUUUUAUGCAAUAAGAUUUCUUAGUCAAGUCAUACGUUUACGAUGUAACAAUAGCUUCCAUAUUUGUGAUUGAUUCGCGUUGUAUUACGAACCAGUUCCACAAACUAUGGACCUUUUCCAAUUAAUCGGUGAUCUUUUACAUCUUUUGGCGGUGAUUGCAUUGCCCAUAAAGAUAUGGACAUCAAAAAACGUCGCAGGUGUAUCUGGCGUAACGCAGAUAUUUUAUUCGCUCGUCUUCACUACUAGAUACCUAGAUUUGUUCUUUUUUUCCUUCAUCUCAGUUGAUGAUACUGAUAUCGCAAUGAAAAUCACGUUCAUUUCAACAGCCUACUUGACUGUUUAUCUCAUAUAUGUGAAGUUUAAAGAUAGAGAUUCGCAAAGUUGUAAAGAAGAUUCCUCCUGGAUAAUGUUUUGGACAAUUAUAUGCAUUGCUGUGAUAUUCUCCUUAAUUAAUCAUCAUUAUAAUAGAAAUCAGUUAAUUUUAGAGAUACCUUGGGCAUUCAGCAUAUAUCUCGAGGCAAUGGCCAUAAUACCUCAAUUAGUCAUGGUAUUCAAGAUUAAAAAUAAAUCAGGCGAAAUUCAAAAUUUUAUAUUUUACUACAUUUUUUUGAUGAGCUUCUAUGGAGAAUUUCAUGUACUGCACUGGAUGUACAGAUAUAUUUACGAAAGGCAUUACGAUCGUAUUGCUAUUUUAGGUGGCGUUGCCCAGGUUUCCAUUUAUAUUGCAUUUCCUUGCUACAUUAUUUUGAGUAAAUUGCCAUUUUGUGGAUCGGAAGAAAAAGUAGUCGAUGUAAAAAUUUGAGAUAGAGAAAUUAUAUGUAGAAUAGAGAUAUGUAUUCAUAGUAUAAAAAAUUCAAAGGUUCAAAUACAAGCGAAGGUAGACAGGCCCGUAGCCAGAAUCUGACUGUAGCUGGGGCCAAGGAAAUAUCAGCUGGGGCAGCACUUUUUGAGGCUCAAACAUCUAUGAAACAUACCCCCUUUAACCCCCCCCCCCUCCACCAUCUGUUUUUUAAAAACAAAUGAACAGAAUGAGUGUGUAUAUUUCAGAAAAAGAUUAUACAUAUGUACAUAAUGCAUAAUGCUGGGGUUGAGUCUAAUUCAGCUGUAAUCGGCGCGAUUUACUGCGAAACUCUUGUAAUAAUUUUUUGGCUGUGACACUGUUUCUGUUAAAAUUUUUUCAUGAGGUAAAAUAGUCAAAUUUGACUCGCGUCCAAACAACAUUAAAAAAAUAUAUCAUUCAAAUUUUUAAAGAAAUGUCAAGACAAAAAACGCUCUUUUCACCUGAAAAAACUUUACUUCUCAAAACAAACUUUUGCCCUCGCUCAGGGCUUGUACUUGGUCACUUUUUAAGAAACUAAGUUACUAAAUUGGGUUACUUUUUCAAUAGGUAGCUUUGGGUUUCCAAAUUAUUAUUUUUUUUUAAAUUUCAAAAAUUCAAUUUUUGCAUUCAUCUUGAUGAGAAAAAAAUGCUAGUAAUAUCCAUAAGUGAAUAAUUUGAGAAAGUUGACCUACUUAUACAUACACUUUUAUCGCCAAAAAUAGCUCAAAAUUUCACCUUUUGUCAACAUUUCUAAAAAUAUCCUCGUUUCUUGCCAAAAACUGUUACUUUUUGGCAAAAAAAAUUCAAGAAAUAUCCAUUUCUCUUUCUAAAAAUUACCUAAAAAUUCCGCUUUUUUGCUUUAAAAAAAUGUCAAUGACCAAAAUUUCUCCCAUUUUCAAACGAAGGUUGCGAAAAAAAUAAUCAUUUUUUUGGCCUAUUGCCAAAAAUUUGUGAUUUUUCCUCAAAAAUAGUGAAUCUUGCUUUGCUUAAAAUUGUCAAAAUUCUCGGUUUUUCGCAAAAAAUUAUAAAAAUUUUCAUUUUUUCCUAAAAAUUUGUCCAUAAGUCUUCCCUAUUGCUGAAAAUUUUAGCUUUUUCAUAGUGUAAAAGUUUUAAUUUUUUAUGUAAAAUUGCCAUAAAUUGCACAAAGUGAAAAUCUCACUUUUCGAAAAAAAUUGCAAAAAGAUGUACUGGAUUUCUUAUCCUCACAAAUUACUAAUUUUUACUCAAAUUAUCAAAUUUUUGAUUUAAAAUUUAGUAUCGAGCGAGCCAUCGAGCUAUCAAAUGCAAUUCAUGCCAGUGUGGCCAUUUUAUAAAUGUAAAAAUAAUUUUACGUUGUUGAGUUUAUGCACUUUCUGAUUUUUUCUUUCUGAUUUUGCUGGUCGGGGCAAACGUGUUUUUUUUUGGAUUUUGCUAACUGGGGCAAACAGCCUUUCUAGCCGGGGCAUUGCCCCGGCUGACCCUACGCUGGCUACGGGCCUGAAGGUAGAUUAUAUUUCAAUUUUGCUGCAAUAUUAAGGGCUAGGUACUUAUUUAAUUUAGGUAAUUAUUGUACAACUUUGUUUUGAAAUUUAAAAUAUUUUUUGUUUCACUAAUAUACUUACCAACCUUGCUUGA